AUGUGUGGACAGGUUCAGGAGAGGAGACCUUUUCUGGCAUCAGAGUGCAGUGAACUUCCCAAAGCUGAGAAAUGGAGACGACAGAUCAUCAGUGAAAUCUCUAAGAAAGUGGCUCAGAUUCAGAACGCUGGUCUGGGGGAGUUCAAGAUUCGGGAUCUGAACGAUGAGAUCAAUAAGCUGCUGAGAGAGAAAGGACACUGGGAGGUUCGGAUCAAAGAGCUGGGAGGACCCGACUAUGCGCGUGUCGGUCCAAGGAUGUUGGAUCAUGAGGGGAAGGAGGUUCCAGGAAACAGAGGAUAUAAAUACUUUGGAGCCGCCAGAGACCUGCCCGGAGUCCGAGAGCUGUUCGAGAAGGAGCCUGCUCCAGCACUAAGGAAGACAAGGGCGGAGCUAAUGAAGGAAGUGGACGCAGAGUAUUAUGGGUACAGAGACGAAGAUGACGGAGUUUUGCUUCCUCUGGAGUCACAGUACGAGAAACAAGCUGUGUUGGAGGCGGUGCAGAAGUGGAGAACAGAGAAAGAAUCUCGUUUGUCUGGAGACAAACAUCUGGAAGAGGAAGAGGAGGAGAACAUCUACAGCGUCCAUAACGAAGAGCCCGAUGAUGACGAGAGCCGGGAGGAGCAGGAGGGAGAGGAGGGAGGAGUCUCCUUCAUCGCACACGUACCUGUUCCCUCACAGAGAGAGGUGGAGGAGGCUCUGGUCAGGAGGAAGAAGAUGGAGUUGUUACAGCGUUACGCCAGCGAGACGCUUCAGGCUCAGAGUCAAGAGGCCAGAACUCUGCUGGGACUCUGACCUGUCUGUCUCUCACCUGUCUCUCACCUGUCUCUCACCUGUCUCUCACCUGUCUGUGUUACAUUUGAUGUAAAUAUCUUGUUUCAUAUUAAAAAAGAUUCAGAUCA